AUGUCGUCGUCGUCGCACCGCUACACGGUGUCGCUCUACCGCUAUGACUUGACACAAGGCAUGGCACGCAACCUCGGCCCGAUGGUGAUCGGGCGGGAGCUUGAGGGCAUCUGGCACACCUCCAUCGUCGUGUACGGAAAGGAGUACUACUUCGACGGUGGCGUCGGCAUCGUCAGCGACCCGAAUCCUGGCCACACACGCUUCGGUCAGCCGUAUCGCACCGAGGUGCUUGGGCAGACGACGAAGCGAGAGGAGGAGUUCUUUGCGUGGACACAGCAGCAGCGCCGCGCCGGCUUCGGCCCCAACGACUACCGCAUUCUCGACAACAACUGCAACAGCUUCUCGGACGCGGCGAGUAUGUACCUCCUCAGGCGUCACAUCUCACAAGACGUGCUUGAAAUGAUCCCCACGUUACUCUCCACUCCCGUAGGGCAGAUGCUGCGGCCGAUGCUGGAGCAGGCCACGUCCCGCGGCGCAGGCGUCGCCGCCACUGGCAUGGCCGCCCCUUUCAGCUCUCCCCUCGCGUCGACACCGCCGCCAGUCAUCGGUGGCGGUGGUGACGCGUGUGCUGGGCUGUUGAGCACUCGUCAGACGGUGUCAGAUGCAGACGAGGAGGACUUAAUGGUGGCGCAGGCGAUGCUGGAGAGCAAUGAAACCAUCGCAGACGGGCACCUGAGCCCCGCGGAGGCGUUUGAGAAGACCAUCAGCGGCGCCACGCUACUGCGCACGGUGAUACUGAAUGUUUGCGAACACCCCAGCGAUGCCAAGUACCGGGCGCUGUCUACCGAGAGCACAGCUUACCGGACGAAACUGAAGCCGCUCGAGACGUAUGGGGUGACGGAGCUGCUGCGCAUUGCAGGCUUUCGCCGCCGUCCGCACAGCAGUGGCACCGGCGGUGAGCAGUGGUUCCUCUCGGACAGCGACGGCAGCGUAGCUGUGCUGCGUCGCGUGGCGGAGGUUCUCGAGGCGACCAUCGUGAACAUCCAGGCCGCUGCCGACGAAGCGGCCAAGAGGGGAGGCAGAGAGACGAGCGCAGAUGCCGCAAACAAAGAGGCGGGGAGCGGUUUCUCGGCUCAUUCGCCAUGCCCCCCUCCUCCGCCUGUUCUGGCAUCUGGUGCUGCGCCGGCAGCGGCUCAUGCCGAGGCACGGCUCAAGGCGUCAUCGCCAGCGGCGGCGAAGGACGACUGCAACGCGCCAAAGAGCGAAUUUGUCAAGUUCUGCCUGCCGCCGUUUCCGGAGGGCUGGAUCCCGCUCCCCGUUGGCAGGGAAUCAGGGGGGCCACUCUUCUCUAUCCGCUGCCGCGUCACAAGCACUUCGGAGUGGCCGUACUCCUGUGGCAAGUGCCGCCUCUCCGAAAAACUGGAGCACCUGAAGGCGUACUACUGCAGCAGCGACGGCAGAGAAGUUGAGAUAUACGGCGGGUACGAGGUGCUCUGCGUACGGUGUGAGGAGGAAAAGGCGCUGACGUGGGUGCCAGCGCCGUUGGCGUUCGCGGCGCAAGCUCAGCACAGCACACGGUUUAUUUUUUCGGCCUACGGUCACUUUGGUGUUGCUCGGGCCGAGUAUGGAGGGGGCGUGCACCCCGGCCUCAUGGAGCCGUCUGGCCGCUGCGUGGUGCCCUACGGCGGAUGCUCCGUCGUCGUUACCAACGACGCCGAGGUACUCUGCGAGACGGCCAGGCUGCCGCGGGCGGUACUGCAGGAGUUAAAGAGUCUGGAGCGCGGUACCUAUUUGGCAGAGCUGUUGCGCGUCGCUAGCGGCCAGCCGAUCGACUCCUUUGACGAACUUCUGAACACAUGGCAGCCACCGACGUUUUACAUGAAGCCGCGUCCACUGCGCCCGCACACUGUUCUCGGACCGACGUCGGUAGCGUGGAGUGGAACAGGAGACGCCGCCAAGAGGAGUUCGGUUGACGUGGCAGGUCGAGGGUCUUUCUCGGCUGGCAGUGAGUCAGCGGCAGACAGUGCGUUGCCGCUGGCGCCGCGCUUGCUUGUCUGCCACGACAUGGGCGGAGGCUACAAGCGCGCCGACCGCCGCGUCUUUCUUUGCGAAGGCGCACCAGCAUCUGCCACCGCAUCGGGGGAGGGGAUGGGCAAGGGUGAUGGGGCUACUCCUUACUUGCGCCUGCAGACAGUGGAGGGCGCGUACACGGUGAGCUACUGGAGUCUCGUUGACUACUUCGUGUACUUCUCGCAUAGGCGGAUUAGCGUGCCGCCACGUGAGUGGAUCGAAAAUGGCCACAACCACGGUGUGCCAGUGCUUGCUACCCUGAUCACCGAGAGUCACGGCGGCUUUGAGGACCUGAAGCUGCUCUUGACAGAUGCGAGGCGCAUGGCGGCCAUCAUUGCUCGCCUCGUGGAGGUGUGUGACACCUACGGGUUUGACGGCUAUCUCCUCAACAUCGAAAAUUCACUCCCGGCAAGCCUGGCGAAGCGCCUCGUCGUUUUCUGCAGAUUGCUCCGCAAACAGCUAAACCGCCCGUCUUCGGUGGCGCGUGGCGCAUCAGCUGCCGCUGCCGCUUCCGCCUCUGCCACCGAUCGCCUCGUCAUCUGGUAUGAUGCGAUCACCAUUGAGGGAAAGCUGAUGUACCAGAAUGCACUCACUGCCCGCAACAAGCCGUUCUUUGACGUUUGUGAUGGCAUCUUCACCAAUUACUUCUGGGUGCCAAUGAACCUGACGCUCACCAAGACGGUUGCCCGUAACCGAGGCACCGACGUCUUCGUUGGUGUGGACGUGUUUGGCAGGCACAUGUAUGGCGGGGGCGGCUACAACACGCACGUCGCUGUCGCCGAAGCCGUGGACAGGCGCUUGUCGGUAGCGUUAUUUGCCCCUGGCUGGACGAUGGAGUGCGAAAGCAAGGGCAGGCGCGACGGGUUUCAGAAGGCGGAAGCCCGGAUGUGGUCCCCUGUGCAGAAGAAGCUCUCUUAUCACGCCAGGAUCAUCUGGUCCCCAGGGGCCACGGCAGGUGCCCCGGAACAGUCCAUCACGGCUGACGCGCCGGCUGCCCACCACGAGCAGGAGCUGUGCCUGUGGACCUCCUUUCAGUCCGGUGUGGGCUACGACUUCUACGUCAACGGCCACCGUGUGACCGGGGGCGAUGCUUCUGCUUCCGUGGUGGGCGCCAGCGGCUGGUGCGAGGUUUCCGGUGCGCACGACCUUCCUCCGUUUCUCUUCGAAGUGCCUCCGUCGGCUCCGCCCAGUGGAGCACUACCGCCUGCCGCGCGAGGGACGACGCCAGGUGGCCGCGGCGCCUUUGCCGCCGUUCCGAUUCGGCUGCCGGCAACACCGCUCAAGGGCAAUGCGCAGGGCCAUGUCGCCCGUGCGGAGUGGCGCUAUGACAAGGCGUGGUUUGGCGAUUGCCAUCUCGCUUGUUUCGUGCCUCCAAUGGAGGCAGCCGAGGUGGUACGGUGGUACGUGCGCGACGCGCUGCCGGCGACGUCCUUAACCGAACUUCACAUUGAGAUCGUGUUCGACUGGACAGACGAAACCGAGGAACGGGCGAAAGUGAAACGUGGACUGCGGCUGGGGCUGUGUUCCUCCACACGUGGCGCCUUCGAGAUAUGUUUGUGGGAGACGGCUGCGGUGGAGGCAGCGGUGGACGUGGAGGGCGUCAGCGGCCUCGUCGUUCGUGCGUCGCUAACGCGAGAGGCUGGGAAUGAAGGAGAGGACAACCCAACACGGUUCACGUUGGGGUGGGAACGGGUGCACUAUCAGCUGCGCAACACCUCAACGGAGCCGCUUCACUUGACGUCUAUCUCCGUUGCCAACGGAGACCCCCGCCGGAUGCUGAGCUGCGGUGUGGGUGGCGUCGCCAUCUCUCACUGGCGUGUCAAGGCGUCGACUGUGGCUACUGGCGCUGACCCGCAGGCAGCCUCGUCAAGGCGACACUCCGUCUUGUGCGCUCAUGGUCCGCAUUCCUGGACGGCCCACCACACUUUCUGCACGCGCAAGACCUCCGAGCAAGUACUCAGUCUCGAAGGCGCGGACGACGUGUUUGCGCUUCUUCGCGCCAAGCACGGGCUAAACGUGUCUGUCGUGGUGUUUGCUGGCGUCGCCAGCGCGACGGCGGGGCUUGGAAAGAGCGACUCUACGAGCGCAGCGGCAGAAGGUGUGCAGGCUGCGGCUGCGGUGCCGCCAAGCAGAAGACCCCGCGAGGAGUGCCACACAAUGUACGUGGGGAAGUACUCUAUUCAUCCUGAUACUGCCGCCACCUACGAGGGCUCCCUGCUCAUUCCGGUGUCACUGCCAUCCGGCGUCACUGUCGAACAUGUGUACUACUACACCGCGAAAAAUGACUGCUGA